CACAUGCACUUAUAAAGACACCACAACAACGUUUACUGCCGGAACCAAACGUUGCUCGCCUUUGCGUUUACAGCAUCAAGGUACCAGCUGUGCUCCUAUGCGAUUGUUCAUCCCUUUAUCAUAAUAAUUUUUAUACGUUGUCCGCACACAGACAUACGUAGUAUCAGGAUUGAGGGCUGUUCUUGACUUCUGUCAAAAAAAUGCUGUACCGUUCGGGUUUCGGGGUCUUGGCAGUGGCCGUUGUGCUGCUUCUGCAAACUCAGAGUGGUGAGGCCAAUUGGUUUACCGACCUAUUCACAUCGUCUAAGGCAAGAGAAGCUCAUGAGACCGUGUAUAAUGAAAAUCCAAGCACGGCGAAUACCCCUCAAAAACACAAAUCCUCCUGGACUCACGAGCUGAUCGCAGCGGCGGCCGGUUGGCAAGCCAUGCGGGCGUAUGAGAACCAUCAAGCCAAAAAGACCGGCGAACCGGUCAAUCACUCUGUUGUCAAAGGUGUUCUGGCCGGUCUGGCAGCGGCCGCCGUGGACCGGUUAAUCGAAACAAAGGGAUUAGACUGGCUGGAUGCGCAGCGCGCCAAAUCCCGAGCGACACAGCAAGCGGAAAGCCUGGUCGGCGAGAAGUACGGUAUGCGGUUAUUCGGUAGCGGUUCGGGAUCCGGUUCAGGGGGCGGCGAUCGGGUCAACACGCCGAACUGGCAGAACGGAGUACGCGAUGCCGAUCCGGAAGCGUUGGGCAUCGGCAGAAAUCCCCGACCUGACCGCUUGGACAGCAAUCGAAAUCGCGAGGAGACGUACGGCGAAGACCGGUAUAACAACCGCAAUGAAGGAAACGGGAACUACAGAAAUAGCGAUCGCGAUUAUCGACGCCGUGAUGACGAUGAGGAUCGCGGCGGGAGUGUUGGUUAUUCCGUACGCGAUACGACAUAUUCGCCUGACGGUGAAUACCGGUGAUUUCAUUUAGAUCGGAGAGGGAAAUAUUUAUGCUGAAUUUCCUCUUUUGUUGCGUGUUAUGUUAUAUUUAUUUAUGCCUCGCUUUGUAAGAAAUUUGUUGAAUGCAUUCAGCAUUAAAAUGUAUACGAGUAUACAA